ACGCACCGAGAGAGGAGAGAAGCAGAGGGGGAGGGAGUCAAGUCAAGCAGGGAUGAUUAGAGGAGUGGGUCACUGUUAGAAACACACGCGCUGGGGAAGAGGGCAGGAACGCAAAGAAAGCAAGGAAAGGAAUCAAAGCCGCAUAACACCAUCAAGAGGAGGGAGAUAAACGUCGCUGACGUCCGGCUCUCCGGCUCUCCGGCUCCACAAAGCAGCGGGUGGAUGCUGAGGCUGCGUGGGCUCCGCAGCGCUGCCCAGUGAGGAGCGAGCAACGCGCUUUGUCUGCAGGCAUUUUUAAGUGGGAUUCAUCUUUUUUGUUUGUUGUGUUAUUUUCCUUUCUUUUUUUUUGUUGUCUCUCAAGUCCCACGAGCAAAGUGGGGACACUGCUCCCAAGAUCAAGUCCACGCACGCGGGGAAACGGUAUUUUGACACAGAAGGUCCGCUGUUAACGAACCGCCAUGGCCCUCUUGCGGCUCUCCAGGCUUGUCCUGGUCGUCGCGGCCCUCCUCCCCCGGCCGUCCGCAGGAUGUCCCGCCGGCUGCCGCUGCUACAGCCUCACGGUGGAGUGCGGGUCGCUCGGGGUCAAAGAAAUCCCGCAGGACGUCCCCUCCGUCACAGAGACCAUCUUCCUCCAGGAUAACGGCGUAGUGCAGAUCCGUCAUCAGGACCUGACUCGCCUCGGCAGCCUCCAUUACCUCUACCUUCAGAAUAACAGCAUCUCGGCCGUGGAGCCCGGGGCGUUUCUCAGCCAGGGGCAGCUGCUGGAGCUGGCCCUCAAUGGCAACCUCAUCCACCUGGUCACUGCGGACAUGUUUCGGGGUCUGGAGCACCUCAGGAUCCUUUACCUCGCAGGGAACCAGAUCACUCGAGUGCAAGACCACACUUUCAGGGGACUGCAGCGUCUGCAGGAACUCCACCUGCAGGAGAACAGCAUAGAGCUGCUGACCGAGCAUGCUCUGUCGGGCUUGUCAUCUCUGGCCUUAUUGGACCUCAGCAGGAAUCACCUCCGCACCCUGGGAGCCUCUUCCCUCACACCGCUCGUGAGCUUGCAGGUGCUGCGUGUCACAGAGAACCCGUGGCGCUGUGAUUGUGCCCUGGGUUGGCUAAGGACUUGGAUCAAGGAGGACGGACAGCGUCUGUUGAGCUCGGCCGAACAGCGUCGACUGAUGUGCUCCGAGCCACCUCGCCUCUCCCACCUCAGCCUGGUGGAGGUGGCUCCCAACAGCCUAGUCUGCAUCCCCCCCGUGGUGCAAUUGGAGCCCAGCCACCUGACCGUGCGACUAGGGGAGAGCCUCCGCGUCUCCUGCCAAGCGUCGGGAUACCCUCAGCCUCAGGUGACUUGGAAGAAAGCCUCCCAUGGCAAGGCCCAGUUGUCGCCUCGAGGCCUGGUUCAAGAGCUGGGACCAAAUGGCGAGCUCUUCAGGCCUGGUGCCGGAGGGGUGGUGACGGCCCUGCCCAGCAGCAGAGGGAUGAAGGUUGGUGGCGUUGGAGGAACACAGGGGCUUGUGCGUGGGGCCGAGGAGGGUGGUGAGAGGGACAGUUUUGAUCCGGACACGGGGAGCGGCAUGCUGUUCCUCAGCAACGUGACUGUAGCGCACGCUGGUCGCUACGAGUGCGAAGCCUGGAACCCCGGCGGCGUGGCCAGAGUUACCUUUCACCUGGCCGUGAACAUGUCUUCUUCUGCAUACUCAUCUCAGUUCUGGCCCCGUCUGAACAUGCACGCCUUUGCGCCGUCUUCGUCCAACUCCUUCUAUCAGCCAGAGGUUCUCGAUGUAAGUCAGGAGCUGAUCUACGAACAGGACAGCAUGGACUUCUAUGCUCUCGGCCCUGCCACGCAGACCGCCAUUGCUGUCGGCAUCUCCCUGCUGGCGCUUACUGCCGUCCUCCUCUUGAUCAUGAUCUACACUCGUCACCAGCAAUACCGCAAGGAAGAAGGCGGCUCCUACUGCACCAGCAAGGAAGAGAGCAUCCUCUACGUGAACGACUACUCCGACGGACCCACCACCUUUGCGCAGCUGGAGGAGUACCGCGACGACCACGGCCACGAGAUGUACGUGCUCAACAGGACCAAUCCCGUCUUGGCCUCCGCUUCGUCUAGGUGUCCCAUGAUGAGCGAGUUUGUCCAGCAGAAGGGUAUGAAGGAGGCCCUCCUGGACCACGAAAUGGUGCAAACACUGACCAGAUCAGGGGGCCUGGGACUUCGCAGAAACCCGGCAGAUGGAGGCGAGGGACCCCUAACAACCGAUCCAGAGGAGCUCUUCCUCAGUCAGAGUCUCCUCUUCGGAUCGCAGGUUGCCUACGAGAUCCACUGUUAAAAGUUUUUUAGUGAAAAAAUUGUGGUCUUGGACUUCAUUAGAGACAGUAGAGAAAAUCACCUUGGUGCAAUGAUUUAAAGCAUUAGAUGAUCAUGGUGUCUUCAAUAGAAAGGAGAGCGUCGGUUAGUGGUUGCUGGGGAAAACCUGCAUCUCGACCAACCAAGAUCCUUGUCUGAUUGAUUAAGAUGGGUCAGACUGAAACAGGUGAUAAUUAGGGAGUUAACAGAGGAACCAUACCCAUAUCUGUUUCCACAUCUGCCCUUUAAAGAUAUAACGAGGGGAUGCCCUAAUCAGAAAUGGUUUGUAUGACAGUUUAACUAAAUCACGACAGAUUGUGGAUUAAAAGUGUGGUCAUAUUUUGUAUUUUUCUUGUUUUGUGUGUCUGUCUGUUAGUGUUUUGUGUAAAUAUAAUGAAGCUAAUUUUCACUGUGAAGUACUGAUGUUUUGUGGACCCUGUUGCAGAUCCCAUUAGAAUUAGACCGAAACCAAUCCUCUUACUGCAACUACAUAGUCAGUAUCCAUAUGUGUGAGUGGGCGUCGGUGGGUGGAUUUGUUUAAAGAGGUUCAUUUUGAAUGCAGGAAUAAAUCUUUUUUUCUACCUAUUUGUUGCUACACUAGAACAAAGGAAUUAACAUUUCUAUUGUUUGAAAUGGAAUCCAUGGUGGAAUUAAUUUAUAGUGAGAGAAUACUUUACAUUGUGUCUUCAGUUUCUACAUAUUAAAAUGUCUUUUAAAAGAA